AUGACAGAUAAAUCUAAUAAAGUUUUCAAUGGUAACAAUCUUUUUCAAGCUGAAAGCCCUAAUGAGAAUCAUAAAUGGAGAGAUAUGAAUCGAAAAGAUCGAAUUAAAUUCAUCCUUAUGUUAAUAUUAAGGUUAAUUGGUUUAUUGGCUUUAUUAUAUUUAUUUGUUUGUUCACUUGAUUUAAUGAGUUCAGGUUUUCGACUUAUUGGAGGUAAACUAACGGGUAAAGUUUUUGCUGAAGGAGCAAUUCUUUCGAAUCCUAUUGCUGGAUUAAUGAUUGGUUUAUUAACAACAGUUCUUGUUCAAAGUUCAUCAACAUCAACAUCAAUUGUUGUAUCAAUGGUUUCAUCUUCUAUUUUACCCGUUAAACAAGCCAUACCAAUCGUUAUGGGAUCAAACAUAGGUACAUCUGUAACUAACACAUUGGUGGCUUUAACACAAUCAGGAAAACGUGAAGAAUUUAGUCGUGCAUUUGCUGGUGC